AUGACCGUGACGGCCGGCCGGUGGGCCUCGUCGGGGGCAGAAGCAGCUAUCCGCAAGACGACCUUUGCCGCGUUGCUCUUCACUUCUCUGGUUUCGGCGCAGCAGACGUUUCCCUACGUGCCGACGACGAUUUUGCUUUCCUGCUCCCUGCCGGGCUCCGCGGGCAACAGCAGCAACCAUGGCGUCGCAUACAUCUUUCACCAGGGGAGUUCAGGUGUCGAAUUCCUGUCGGUAAACGCGUCGGCCACAAUCGACAGUGCCGCGAGCCUGCAGACGAUAUCGACGAGCUUGCCGUUUCUCGACAAUGCGACCAAGACGACGGCCUUCCUCCCCACGAUGGCGGUUAACGGGACCAUUGUAGUUCAGGCGGGGGAUUGCAUGACGGCGGAAGGCUAUGACGUCUGGACAUACACCCCAGAGGCGGUGGCAGGGUCUUCGACUAUCUCAGGAUCCUGGUAUAAGACUGCGGCGACACUGCCGAGCACCGCGGAUUCGGACGCAGGUCCAUAUGCUCUGGGCGCAGGCAUCAGCUUCUCGUCGACCCUCGCGCCGAGCAUGUCCGAGCCAGUAUUGUACUCUUUCGGCGGCAUGUGUCUAACCCCGACAACGGAUGAGUCUACGUGGCAAGGAAAUGGGACGUAUACGAACGCGAUGUUGAGGGUGGCUCCUUCAGACUCGGAUUCGCCCGGGUACUCCGCCAGCUUCAUCUCCGGCAAAGGUCCGGCCUUCCCCGAGGCCGGAUUCUCCUUUACACCCCUGAGCCCGUCCAUCUCGAACCGUUCUGGCAUCGUCACGCAGCAGAACAGCUACGUCCUGCUCGGCGGCCACACCCAGCAGGCCUUUAUCAACAUGAGCUCCGCCGCUAUCUGGAGCCUGCCUGAGGAGUCGUGGAACUUUGCAGCUGUCGGCGCCCCGCGCGUCGGCAGUAGCGAGCUGGCGAUCAAGGACGUUGAAAAGCGCGGGAGCACGGAGGUUGAGAGCCGGUCUGGGCAUACGGCGGUGCUGAAUGCGGAUGGGACCGCACUCAUCAUCAUGGGCGGCUGGGUUGGUAGCGUGUCCCAGGCUGCCUCCCCGCAACUCGCGUUUCUGGAGAUGGGCGAUACGUACGGAGACUGGACGUGGUCGAUUCCAUCGCAGCAACCGGAUGGUGGGAUAUACGGUCAUGGAGCGGCGAUUUUGCCCGGAAACGUGAUGAUGGUUUACGGAGGAUACGAAAUUACGAGUUCGGGGUCCAAGACGAAGAGGCAGUCGAGCGGGACCGGGCUCAGAUUUCUGAACUUGACGUCCAUGGCAUGGACUUCAAGCUAUACAAACCCAACUCAUGCGGCCUCGUCAAGUGGGUCGCAUAGCUCCACCGGGAACGACAAUAUGAAGAAGAUUGGACUCGGCGUGGGCCUCGGCGUUGGGCUAGCUGCUGUACUUGGCGCAUUCUUGGUUUACUUUUGUUACAAAAGACAUUUGAGGAAGAAGAAGGAGCAGAGAGAAGAAACGGUGCGAUCGCUAGCCCAGGAUGCGUCGCGAUUCCUGCACCCGGAGGACGAUAUGAUGGAACGGGACGGCGGAUCGGUGUACCCAUGGACAAGCCACUCUUGGUACACGGGAGGUCACGACCCUUACGAUACUAUUGAUAGAUCGCUCGGCUAUGAAUCUCUGAGAACUGGCCAUGGUUCGGGAAGCAAUCAGGGAGUCUACCAACAGCCGCCUGGCCUGCUCAUUCCACGCAAACCGAUACCUCGCGCGGCAAGGGGCGCGUACCAACCAGCCGCGAAUCUCACUACUCCGGGUCACAUCCAUCCGAUUUAUGAAGCAGACGAAGACGACCAAGAGCAUACCAACAGGAGACGAGAUCAAGAGCCUGCGACGCCCACCACGCCAGGGCACGCCGACCCUUUCACGACGCCGACGCACUCCGUCCCGGUACUGACUCCCGGCAACCGCAAUUCCAUGACACCCAGCCCUGAAGCUCUCCUGCGACGCAACACAGAGGUGCAAGACUGGCAGUCAGACAUUGACGCCACCGAAGCCCUCCUAGCUCGGAUGCCCUCUCGCCGUAAUAGCCGGGUCUCCCCGACACGGCGCGCGUCGAUGCGUUCGGCUCGGUCCAUGGCAGACGACGAGCGGACGGCCAGCAACGUCUCCGAAUCGGCGAGGAGCGCCAUAAGCGUACCCACCCGCUCGGCGUCCGCAAGAGGAAACAGCUCGGGGCCCAAUAACCUGACCAUCAUCACUGAUAACCGGGUGGGCACCUCGUCGUCCUCGAGCAGCAGCGCGCACACAUACUCGACCGCCAAGACCACGUUCAACGCCCUCCAAGCUGAAGGCCCCUCACUUCUCCUUCAGGGCCAGCGGCCGCGUAAUGAUCAUGGUGAUGACGAAGAAGAAGACUUUGUGCACAUUCCCAGCAGUCCUAGCAAGCAUAAGCCGCGUCGAUCGCUCGGCUGGCUGGGCAGUCUCCGACGUGUCUUUAGCAGCGGUGUCAAUAACACCUCUUCAGACUCGAGCGACCACGAGAGCCCGCGGCGGCUGUCAUUGGACCAAGUCAGCUCAGAUUACGAGCCGCGGCUGGUGGGAUUAUCCGGGAUCGGAGGCGCCGAGCUCCUGCGCAGGAAGCAGGGGCGACACGACUGGGAUAUUGACCAGAAGUCGCUGGACGAGUGGGACAUUGAAAAGGCGAUUGAGCAGCGGCUGGUGCAGGUCAUGUUCACGGUGCCCAAGGAGAGGCUGAGGGUUGUCAACGCCGAGAUUGAAAAGGAGGAAGAGGUGAUACUGGUGGACCCGGAUAAAGAUGAGAUGGAAGGCCUGGACGGGUCGCACGCGGACCUGGAGAAGAGGGCGCUGGAGGAGUAUAAUAGGGAUAAAGGCAAGGGUAAAGAAAUCGCCCUCGAUGAUUACGACGACGAUCGAGAGUCUCGGUCCAGAGGAAUGUACUCGCGGAGACCUGAGUCGUCGAGCACGGGAUCACCGGUACGCGGGCGGAGGUUACUGCACCUACCACCGCCAAAGGAUGACCCCGAGGGUACGGCGGCCGGCAGUCACGGUCAAAAUUACCCGCUACCCAGCCGAGAAGACUCGGUGGAGCCCCGGCCGUUGCUGACGCUCCGCACGGCCGAGGUCGUGAGCGUGGCGAGGCCGCGGACAAGGGUGCUGGAGAUGGUGGAGAGCUUCGAGUCCCGGAGCAGGGAGACUAGUCCGUCGCUCGGCUAG